AUGGGGAAAGGCGGGGGGGGCGCAGGGGGAGCCGGGAUGGGCGGCGGCGGGGGAAGCGGCGGGAGAGGCGGCGGGGGAGGUGGAGCGGCGGGAAGCGCGGUGCGCGUGUGCGUGUUCGACUCGCGGAGGGGGAAGCGGGAGGGGGAAGAGGCGGAGAAGCUUCUGUUCUUCUUUCCGCCCGCCACUCCGCCGUCCGAGCAAGUGGCUCUACUUGGCCUCUGGGAGGGGCUACUCGCCUUCACCAGUGUCCCCUGCUCGCCCACCAGUCCCACGUUAAAGCCCCGAUGUGCUGCCCUCCCUCUCCCCCCCGCUCCCCACUCUGCUGCCUAUCCACGUAUUGCCUUCCGCCCCCGUCAGGAUCUUCUCCCCCCAUCGCCCCUGAUCUUCUCCCCCCAUCGCCCCUGUGAAGUGAUGCGAGCGCAUUUCAACCGCCACGUGCUGCUGGAGUGUGAGCCGGGCAUCUUCAUGGUGCUGGUGGUGGAGUGUCGGGGGGUGAACGGCAUCGUGCCGCCCGACGCUACAGUGCGCGACGAAGCUCUUCGGCAGUAUCUGGUGGAGGCGCAUGGGCUUUUUUGUCUCUUCUUCGGCAGCAUCAACCGCCUGUUGCAGCAGCAGCAACCCCACCCUCCUCCUCCUCUCCCCUCAGAAGCAACAACUGGGCCCUCAUCAAAUACUUCAUCAGAUCUUGAGUCCAGCACUCCUUCACACGAUUCCCCGUCGGCCGUUCCCCUUUCAGCCGACUUAGCCCGUGCCUGCCUGCAAGCCUUCCUCCCGGACUUUCUCACAGAGGCUCCUCCAAACUUGCCUCUUUUAGAGGCUCCUCCAAACUUGCCUCUUUUAGAGGCUCCUCCAAACUUGCCUCUUUUAGAGGCUCCUCCAAACUUGCCUCUUGUAGAGGCUCCUCCAAACUUUGUCUCUUCUGACUUGUGUGGAUCGUACUCGCGGGUACCUGAACCCUCCGCUCUCGCAUUCCUCUUCCCCCUCACUGCUCGCACACCUCACUGCUCCCCUUUUCCCUCCUCACUGCGCUCCCCCCCACCCCUCAUCCCUCCAGGUGGCUCCCCAGAACCAUCCGCCCUCGCAUUCCCCUUCGCCCUAUCCGCUCCCACCACUCCUCGAGUGCGCCUGCCUGCUCUUCUCGACUCUCUCUCUAACCGCCUCUCCUGCCGCCAGCUCAACCUCUCCCGCUCCCUCACGCUCCCUGCUCUGGCGAGCAACAGGUUGAGGCGAGCAGGAAUGCGCACUCGAGGAGGCGUGUGGCAUGCAUACCCCACGCCUCCUCGAGUGCGCAUGCCUGCUCUCCUCGAUUCCCUCUCCAACCGCCUCUCCAACCGCCUCUCCUACCGCCUCUCCUACCGCCUCUCCUGUCGUCAAUUGAACCUCCCCCGCUCCCUCACACUCCCCUCACCGGUGAGUCACUCCCUUGUCCCUGCACGCAUACCCCUUAACCUAUUUCUCGCCGCUGCUCUCCUCAACUACCUCUCCACCACUAUCUCUCUCUCUGCUCUUGUUCUGAAACUCUUCCCCCUCCCCUCCCCAUCAUCAGUCUCUCGCCCAUCGCUUGGCAUACGCCUUUCAAGGAGGGGCGCUGCUGCCGUUUUCUUUCAACUUUACUCUCUCUUAAACGCCUCCCUCCCAUCUCGCCUUUCAAGGAGGGGCGCUGCUGCCGUUUUGUUUCAACUUUACUCUCUCUUAAACGCCUCCCUCCCAUCUCGCCUUUCAAGGAGGGGCGCUGCUGCCGUUUUGUUUCAACUUUACUCUCUCUUAAACGCCUCCCUCCCAUCUCGCCUUUCAAGGAGGGGCGCUGCUGCCGUUUUGUUUCAACUUUACUCUCUCUUAAACGCCUCCCUCCCAUCUCGCCUUUCAAGGAGGGGCGCUGCUGCCGUUUUGUUUCAACUUUACUCUCUCUUAAACGCCUCCCUCCCAUCUCGCCUUUCAAGGAGGGGCGCUGCUGCCGUUUUGAGGGGCGCUGCUGCCGUUUUGUUUCAACUUUACUCUCUCUUAAACGCCUCCCUCCCAUCUCGCCUUUCAAGGAGGGGCGCUGCUGCCGUUUUGUUUCAACUUUACUCUCUCUUAAACGCCUCCCUCCCAUCUCUCCUUUCAAGGAGGGGCGCUGCUGCCGUUUUGUUUCAACUUUACUCUCUCUUAAACGCCUCCCUCCCAUCUCGCCUUUCAAGGAGGGGCGCUGCUGCCGUUUUGUUUCAACUUUACUCUCUCUUAAACGCCUCCCUCCCAUCUCGCCUUUCAAGGAGGGGCGCUGCUGCCGUUUUGUUUCAACUUUACUCUCUCUUAAACGCCUCCCUCCCAUCUCGCCUUUCAAGGAGGGGCGCUGCUGCCGUUUUGUUUCAACUUUACUCUCUCUUAAACGCCUCCCUCCCAUCUCGCCUUUCAAGGAGGGGCGCUGCUGCCGUUUUGUUUCAACUUUACUCUCUCUUAAACGCCUCCCUCCCAUCUCUCCUUUCAAGGAGGGGCGCUGCUGCCGUUUUGUUUCAACUUUACUCUCUCUUAAACGCCUCCCUCCCAUCUCGCCUUUCAAGGAGGGGCGCUGCUGCCGUUUUGUUUCAACUUUACACUCUCUUAAACGCCUCCCUCCCAUCUCGCCUUUCAAGGAGGGGCGCUGCUGCCGUUUUGUUUCAACUUUACUCUCUCUUAAACGCCUCCCUCCCAUCUCGCCUUUCAAGGAGGGGCGCUGCUGCCGUUUUGUUUCAACUUUACUCUCUCUUAAACGCCUCCCUCCCAUCUCGCCUUUCAAGGAGGGGCGCUGCUGCCGUUUUGUUUCAACUUUACUCUCUCGUAAACGCCUCCCUCCCAUGUCGCCUUUCAAGGAGGGGCGCUGCUGCCGUUUUGUUUCAACUUUACUCUCUCUUAAACGCCUCCCUCCCAUCUCGCCUUUCAAGGAGGGGCGCUGCUGCCGUUUUGUUUCAACUUUACUCUCUCUUAAACGCCUCCCUCCCAUCUCUCCUUUCAAGGAGGGGCGCUGCUGCCGUUUUGUUUCAACUUUACUCUCUCUUAAACGCCUCCCUCCCAUCUCUCCUUUCAAGGAGGGGCGCUGCUGCCGUUUUGUUUCAACUUUACUCUCUCUUAAACGCCUCCCUCCCAUCUCGCCUUUCAAGGAGGGGCGCUGCUGCCGUUUUGUUUCAACUUUACUCUCUCUUAAACGCCUCCCUCCCAUCUCUCCUUUCAAGGAGGGGCGCUGCUGCCGUUUUGUUUCAACUUUACUCUCUCUUAAACGCCUCCCUCCCAUCUCGCCUUUCAAGGAGGGGCGCUGCUGCUCUGCCACAACCUCUUUUCUCAAUCACCCUCAGCUCUGCUUUUCCCUUCUCCCUCCCAUCCCUCCUCCUCCCACCAGUCGCUCGCCCAUCGCCUGGCGGACGCUUUUCAAGGAGGGGCGCUGCUGCUCUGCCACAACCUGCUGCUCGCCUCCACCCUCUCCCCGAGCCUUGUUCUGCUGCUCUGCCACAACCUGUUGCUCGCCUCCACCCUCUCCCUGGUAACCACACUCAAACCUUCCUCCCGGCUGACACUGCAACAUUACACUCCUACACAUGCCUCCUCUUCUCCCCACCCCGCUCUUCCUCGAGAUUGCCCUCAAAGAAAAAUACUCUCUCUCCCUCUUUUCUUCCCACCCAUUUCCCCCCUCACCCCUCUCCGCCACCCACCCUCAGGCUGACACUGCAGCACUACACUCCUACGCAUGCCUGCGCCUUUUUUGUCCACUUCAAAGUCCUCUUUCCGCCUCCCCUACCCCCUCCCCCCUCCCUCCCUCCCUCCCUCUCCACUUUUCCUCCUUUCCACCCCGCCUUCCCUCAGGCUGACACUGCAGCAUUACACUCUUACGCAUGCCUGCGUCUCCUCCCCUCCUCCCUCUCCCCUUCCUCCUCCUCUUCCAUCCUUCGCUCCCUCUCCCCCUUCCGCUCCCCCUUCACCUCCUCCUCCUCCGCCUCCUCCUCCCCUUCCUCUCACCGCCCCUCCUCCCCCUCGCCCCGUCGCACCUCUUCCUCUUCCCUCAGGCCCUCAAUCACUCCCUCACUCACUCCCUCACUCGCUCCCACCCUACCUCGCUCCUCUUCCACACCCUCACUCGCCCACCUCUCCCCUUUCGGCCACACUCCCCCUCUCUCCCCCUCUGCUUGCCCCAACCCCAACCAGCCAUUCCCCCUUUCUUCCUCCGCGUCCAACCCCCCCACCCUCUCCUCCCCUUUCCCCCUCCCCUACUCCUCCUCACCCCUCCCGCUUCGCCCGUCAUCCUGGGCCAAAUCCACGUCAGGCCACUCCCUUUCCACCUCAGCAUGGGGAGUGGAUCCCCAAAGCAACACCCCUCUCCCCCCUCUUGUCUACCUAAGGUCUUUGGGAGUAGAG